AUGUGUGCCAUCACAGAGACCUGGCUUAAGUACAAUGAUUCAGUGACUGUCCGAGCCCUCUCUCCUGACGGGUACUGUUUCCUGAAUGUGCCACGGCCCGGUGAACGCCAAGGGGGAGGAACUGGUCUAAUGUUUCGCUCUUCUAUAAACACCAAGCUCGUGGAAAGGGGCUCCAAGGACUCAUUUGAAUUUUCGGAAUGGUCGAUUGCGAUGCCAUCGACAACUCGAAAGAUGAUAAACAUUGUUGUCUAUCGCCCACCCUCAUCCGUGCCCUCUAGUGUAUUCUUCUGUGAGUUUGCUGAAUAUCUAGAAGCAAUAGUGACAUGCCCCGAGUGUUUGGUGAUCUCUGAUGACUUCAAUAUCCAUGUCAAUGAUCCGCAUGACAACGAGGCAAGACGCUUUCUUGAAGUGUUGGACACUUUUGGCCUUCAGCAGCAUGUGUCAGGGCCGACGCACGUUUCCGGGAACACACUUGACUUGAUUCUGACAAGGGAAAGUGAUGAUCUGGUUAUCGGCGAUGUUGCCCACUCACACUAUCUCUCGGAUCAUAUGUUUGUGGAUUGUCAUCUAUCUCUUUCACGCCCUGAGGUGACCAAGAACACUGUAUCCUUUCGUAUGCUACGGCAAAUUGACAUCCAGUCAUUUCAGAAGGACAUUGACACUUCUGUGCUGUCUAACCCUACGUCUGCUGAUAUUGAUGAGUUGGUCACUUGUUACAAUGAAACACUCUCCAAUCUUCUAGAUAAACAUGCACCUAUUAUCACCAAGGUGACCACAGUUAAGCCAGUGAUCCCUUGGUAUAAUAACGAGUUAGAACUGAAGGCUAAGAGGAGAAAGCUGGAAAGAAACCGUCACUCACCUUCUGCGGCACAAGCUUACCGCAAAGUGCGUAAUCUCUACUCCGUCCAACUGAAUCUCCCCCGGCGUGCUUACUACUCAAAUGAAAUCGCACAGUGUCAAGGGGAUUCGAGGAAGUUAUUUCGGGUUGUUAACUCGUUAUGUAGUGAAAAACAGCCGGUCACAUUGCCGGAUCAUGCUGAUCCUGCUGUACUCGCGAAUGACUUCGUCAUCGCUCGCAUCGUGAAUCUCUCGCUACAGGAUGCUCGAGUUCCUACUGAAUGGAAGUGUGCCCUGGUAUCGCCUUUGUUAAAGAAAGCAGGACUUGAUCGGACCUUUUCCAACUUUAGGCCGGUUAGCAACUUAGCAUUUGUGUCUAAGCUUGUUGAGAGGGUAGUAGUUGACCAGCUAAUGGUCCACAGUGAUAAUUCUGCCCCACUACCAGCAGUCCAGUCCGCAUACCGCAAGAACCACUCGACAGAGACUGCUCUUCUGAAGGUUCAAAGUGACAUUCUUAUGAAAAUGGACAAUCAGGAAGUCUGCUUGCUAGUCUUGCUACGCGUUUGA